AUGGACGACAGCGCGGCGAGCCCCGUGCCCGCUGCUAGCGGCACCGCUGCUGCGUCGGCUGGCGCCCCCGACCCCGCGCCGCAGGCCAAUGUCGUCGGCGCUCCUCAGCCAGCUGGCGUCGACGCCGAGUCUCGUGAGCCAGCCGCGGGCGACGAAGUCGUUGGGCCGGAAUCGGCUGCAGUCGGGUCUGUCUCCGCCUCUGCCUCUGCCUCUGCCGCUGCGCAGCCAGCCGUGACGCCGAACCCAACUCCGACCGCAGCAACCGCACCGGCACCGACGAGCCACCACGGCCUCAAGAGUCACGAGCACCCCGCCUCGCCCGCUGCGCUGCGUGUCCCGCACAUUGUCGCGCCCUCGUCCUACCUGCGCUUCAACAAGGCGACCUCCGCCAUGUCGGCCCAGACCUCGGGCGCUGCUGGUGCUGGCGCUUCCGUCGCCGCCGCCGCGUCCACCCCGGCCGACGGGCACCACAGCCAUCCGCCGAGCCCUCUCGAUCGCGACCAGCAGCAGGGCAUCAGGGCGAUCCGUGACUUCCUCAAGGUCCGCACCAGCUACGAUGUCCUGCCCCUCUCGUUCCGCCUCAUCGUCCUGGACACGGGGUUGCUCAUUAAGAAGAGUCUCAACAUCCUGACCCAGAACUCGAUUGUGUCGGCUCCCCUCUGGGACUCAGACACGUCUCGGUUCGCGGGCAUCCUGACAGCCACCGACUACAUCAACGUGAUCCAAUACUACUACCAAUUCCCCGACGAGAUCAGCAAGCUCGACCAGUUCCGGCUGAGCAGCCUGCGAGACAUCGAAAAGGCCAUCGGCGCGAUACCCAUCGAGACCGUUUCCGUCCACCCCUCUCAGCCCCUCUACGAGGCAUGCCGGCGCAUGCUUAAGACGCGCGCGCGCCGAAUCCCCCUCGUCGACGUCGACGACGAAACGGGCCGAGAGACGGUCCUCUCCGUCAUCACCCAGUAUCGAAUCCUCAAAUUCAUUGCCGUCAACAAUGAGCAAAACACCGUCAUGCUCAAAAAGUGCGUCCGAGACAUCAACCUCGGCACCUACACCAACCUGGCCACGGCUCGCAUGGACAGCACCGUCCUCGAUGCCAUCCACUUGAUGGUCGAGCACAACAUCAGCUGUAUUCCCAUCGUGGAUGCGGACAACAAGGUGCUCAACGCUUUCGAGGCCGUCGACGUCAUCCCCUGCAUCAAGGGCGGCGCGUAUGAAGAGCUGGACGGCUCCAUCGGUGAGGCUCUCUGCAAGCGGCCAGACGAGAGCCCGGGCAUCUACACGUGCGGCGAGGGCGACAGGCUGGACAGCAUUUUCGACACGGUGCGCAAGAGCCGCGUCCACAGGCUCAUCGUGGUGGACGACGACAACCGGCUCCGCGGCGUCAUCUCCUUGUCCGAUAUCCUCAAGUACGUCCUGCUGGAAGGCGAGGAAGACGCCGGCCCGCACGCGUGA